GGCGAUCGCCGGUCCGCUGUGUAUCACGGAAAGAGCCGAAGAUGUCGGCUCGGUCAUGUGAUCAGCUGUGUCCAAUCACAGCUGAUCACAUAAGUGCCACCUGUCAGUGCUCAUCAGUGCCACGUGCCAGUGCCCAUAAGCACCACAUCAAUGCCACAUAUCAGUGCAUACCUGUGCACAUCAAUACCACAUAUCAGUGCCCAUCUGAUCUGCCUUUCAAUGUCACCCAUCAGUGCCAGUCAGUGCCACCUAUCAAUGCCAAUCAGUGCCACCUAUUAGUGUUGCCAAUCAGUGCCACAUAUCAGUGUCAGUCAGUGUCGCCUAUCAGUGCCAGUCAGUGCCGCCUAUCAGUGCCAGUCAGUGCCGCCUAACAGUGCCAGGCAGUGCUGCCUAUCAGUGCUAGUCAGUGCUGCCUAUCAGUGCCAGUCAGUGCUGCCUAUCAGUGCCAUAUGUCAGUGUCACGUAUCAGUGUCAUAUAUCAGUGCUGCCUUUCAGUGCCCAUCAGUGAUGCCUGUCAAUGCCCAUCAGUGCAACCUACCAGUGCCUCAUCAGUGCCCAUCAGUGCCACCUAUCA